GCGUGGUCUGUGAGGGAAACGUUUUCCCGGGAAAGCCUCGUGUGGUGCCGUUCCCCGGGUCUUCCCGGGUCUCCCUGGAUAUGGGUCCGCUCCGGGCGGCCGCCGGGGGUCUCCGGCGCAGUGGCGGGAGGGCGGCUCCGCCAGCGGGACGGAGCCGGAAGGGCGCGUCGCUCCGCCGAGGGGCCCCCGCGCCGCCGCCUACCCGGCAUCUCUUCAACGACCCGGCGGAGAUCGCGGCCCUGCGCGGGGACCUGCUGGGCUGGUACGACCGGUGCAAGCGGGACCUGCCCUGGCGGACGCUGGCAGCAGCUGAGCUGGAUACUGACAGACGGGCGUACGCAGUGUGGGUAUCGGAGGUCAUGCUCCAGCAGACACAGGUGGCUACAGUGAUUGACUACUACAACCGCUGGAUGCAGAAGUGGCCGACGCUGCAGGCUCUGGCGCAGGCGUCCCUGGAGGAGGUGAACGAGCUGUGGGCUGGACUUGGCUACUACUCAAGAGGGAAGCGUCUGCAGGAGGCAGCAAAGAAGGUGGUGUUCGAGCUGGCUGGCCAGAUGCCCAGGACAGCUGAGGACCUGCAGAAGCUGCUGCCAGGAGUGGGCCGAUACACAGCAGGAGCCAUCGCGUCCAUCUCGUACAGGCAGGCUACCGGCGUUGUGGAUGGGAACGUGAUCCGGGUCCUGUGCCGCCUCCGGUGCAUCGGUGCUGACUCCAGCAGCCCGGCCGUCAUCGACCAGCUCUGGGACAUGGCCAAUGCCCUGGUAGACAGGAGCCGCCCGGGGGAUUUUAACCAAGCCCUGAUGGAGCUGGGGGCGACUGUGUGUGUGCCCAAGGCCCCGCUGUGCGGGGAGUGUCCCGUGAAGCAGCACUGCCGAGCACGGCGCAGGGUGGAGAAGGAGCUGGUCUUAGCUUCUCAGCAGCUGUUUGGAAAACCCACCCCAGUGCCUGAUGUUGAGGACUGUGGUGUUGGGGGCUGUCCCCUGUGCCCCCCAGCCACGGAGCCAUGGGACAGCAGCCUGGGGGUGACCAACUUCCCCCGGAAAGCAGCAAAGAAGCAGCCACGGGUGGCACGAACCGCCUCGUGUGUGCUGGAGCGGAGGGGCUGCCACGGGGCCCCAGAGUACCUCAUUGUGCAAAGACCCAGCUCAGGUCUCCUGGCCGGGCUCUGGGAGUUCCCAAGUCUCCCGCUGGCUCAGGGUCUGCAGGAGGAGGAGGAGAGGCAGGCGCUGGCAGAUCACCUCCAGGCCUGGAUGGGGCAGCCCGUGGUGGCCAAAGGCCUGCAGCUCAUUGGAGAGGUGGUCCAUAUCUUCUCUCACAUCCACCAGACGUAUGUGGUCUACUCCUUGCCCCUGGAUGGGGAUGUGACCCUGGACCCUGCCUCGUCCUCGUCCCGCUGGGUGACAGAGGAGGAGUUUUAUGCCUCUGCUGUGUCCACAGCCAUGAAGAAGGUGCUGAAAGCAUGUGAGAAGCAGCACAGGAAGGAGAGCAGCCCUGGCAAGGGCUCCAAACGGAAGCGGGGGGCAAAAACGCAGGGAGCAAGCAGCACCGGUGGUGGGACGCAGCUCUCCCUCUACACCUUCCUCCGGGUACCGACUGCCCCAUGAUGGCACCUUCCACAUACAGGGCUCUGGUGGUCUCGUGCUGUGGUGAGUCCUGCCUUGUGUGGGCGUUGUGUCCCCCUUACUGCUGCGAGCCCAGUACACAGCCCUGGACUGGUCUCCCACUCCUUGCAGAGUCCAGUGGCUCCCCUGUGGGUUGCACCUUGAUGUGGCCCUGGAUGUGACCUGGAGCCAGGCUUGACCUCCUGGCCUGGCUGGAGCUCUCCUGGGCUUAUUCAGCCCUGUACAGCCACGGCUGGCGCUGCGGGCUCACCGCAGCAGGGGUUUCUCUCCAGCAGCUGCAAGGCUGUGGCCACAUUGUUCCCGCAGUCCUGUCCCCACCUGCAGCCCCGUCUGCCAGACAGUAAUUGUGGAUGCUGCUGUACCCUUCCUGGCCUCCCAUAGUCCUUUUUAUACACUUGGUUUUUACUGAACUUGAGCUACAGGCUUUGUAAUAAUAAAUCUUAAAAGUGUGUGUGGUUUUUGAA